AUGGCAACACGUUUGUCGGUUAAUCAACCACGGCCAUUAUAGAAAAAACAAUCUUAUGCCUCUACAUUAGUUGGGAAAAGACAGGAAACUCCUAUUGAAACUCCGAGUUCAGUGUACAUAGCCCAGACAGACCUAAGCAGGGAAAAAUAUCCCACUGUACAGGAAUUGAAACAGGGGAUAAAGAAAAGUUUCACGCCUGCUAAAGAAGGAAUAAAAAUUAGAGGACUGGUAGAAACAACAAGGGGUGUAAUAAUUAGGACUCAAACAAAAGAAGAAGCUAAGAGGCUCGCUCAGUCGGAGAGAAUAAAAGAACUCGGCGCUAAAGUAAACUUGGAGAAUAAACGCCUUCCAAGAAUAAUUAUAUAUGAUGUCCCAAGUGACCUGGAGCAAGAAAAGAUUGUCGAACUGUUCUGGACCAUAAAUGCAAAAAAAUUAGAUCCUAAUAAGCAGCACUUCAGCCUUGUUUUCAAGACAGGUCCAAGAGGAAGAGAUACAGUUCAUUGGGUGGCGGAAGUGUCUCCGGCGGUGAGAAAUGAAAUAUUGGCAGAGGGAAGAGUUUUCCUGGAUUGGUCAUCCUGCAAUGUGAGAUACUGGGUGGCAGUGACACGAUGCAAUAAAUGCCAGGGUUUUUCACAUAUAGAAAAAUUCUGCCCCGCAACUGUCGUAAACUGCGGCUACUGUAGCGAAAGAGGACAUGUUUCAGGAGACUGCCCAAAACAAAAGACCGGCGGACCGCCGAAAUGCAUAAACUGCUACGGUUUGUUGGGCAAAGAACAUAACAGAGAACGACAGAGGAGUAGCGAAAUCCACUUCCCCCAUUCGGAACAACUGAAGAAUACGAUUAGACGAAAUAGGGUUGAGUAG